UUCCGACAGCACCCAACCUCCUCCAGAACAAAGUGCAGUGCUUGUAUGUGCGUGCCUCUACACGGUGUCUAGCAGGUCAGCUUGCUGCCGUUACUUACCAUGGCUCGCCUGUUGCGAACCCCCCUCCGCCUUCUCCAGGCCUCUGGGUCGCCGGCCUCGAUUUUAUGCCGUCGCGUCUACUCCUCUCCUGCCGCCCCCCCUCCUCCUGACGCUCUCCCCCCUUCAAAUAAGGCUAACCCCUCACCGACGAUCUUACUGAGGCUAACUGACCCCGUGGACUCCGCUCCCGAAUUACUGGUUGACCCGGAUGAAGGAUCAGCUACAAACACAGAGUCGCUGGAAUCGCCCGAAUCAGUGGAAUAUAGCCUAAGGUCUCCCGGCGAAGUGGAGUAUGAGGACAGCAGGUACACAAUAACCAGGACCAAAAAAGGUCUUGUGAUUGCAGAAGAUUCCAAAGGGCCACUACAAAUCACCGAUGCCACUCUUCGCGACUCAUGCAAAUGCCCUACCUGCGUGGACCCGCACUCGAAGCAACGCAACUUUCGCCUCAGCGAUAUCAGCCCUGACCUAGAAUGCCUCAGUCCCAAGAUCGUGAACGGGAAGCUGCACGUGGUGUGGAAACACGAUAUCUUCGAGGGUUCUCCGGUCUCAAUCCACCAUUCCGAGUACGACCUGGAUCAGCUUCGGUACCCCGUCAUCAACCGCAGAGAAGCUGAGGCAGCGGGUAAAUUCCGCUGGAGGGCGUUCUGGGAUAACGCCCGUAUGGAACACUGGCAGCACUGGAUCACAUUUGAACAGUUCAUGAACGAUGAAGUGGCAUUUACGUGGUCUAUGCGCACCCUCGCUGAACUGGGCCUGAUCUUCAUCAAGGACAUCCCAGACUCGCGCGAGAUGGUCGAGAAGAUUGCGACUCGUAUGGGCCCUAUCCGUAAUACGUUCUACGGAUCCACCUGGGAUGUGCGCAGUGUCGCCGAGGCCAAAAACGUUGCUUACACCAACCAGUUCCUUGGCUUCCACAUGGACCUGAUGUACAUGAAUGACCCACCUGGCUACCAACUCCUGCAUUGUUUGCAGAACUCUUGCGAGGGAGGGGAAUCCCUCUUUGUGGACACAUUCCGCGCUGCAUACGACAUGAGAAAACAUCAUCCCGGUUAUUAUUCUCAUCUGUGCAAGACGAACCUGGCCUACGAAUACAACCAUGAGGAUCAUUUCUACACCAAUGAGUGGCCUGUAUUUCAGACUGAGAGGCCUAGGAAACCGGUGAGAGGUCAUGCGACCCAUCAGGCGAGUGAGAACUACCAACUCACCCACGUCAACUAUUCGCCUCCCUUUCAGGCCCCGCUGCGGAACAUGCAUCCCCUUCACUUCCGCACUCUCGCGAGAGCGCUCAACACCUUUACUAAAUAUCUUGACGAUGAGAAAUACCAGUUCGAGCUGAAGAUGAAGCCCGGCGAGUGUGUCAUCUUCGAAAACCGCCGGGUGGCGCAUGCUCGCCGCGCGUUUCAAACCGACAGUGGCCAGCGCUGGCUGGCUGGUGCGUAUGUUGAUGAAGACGCCAUGUUGUCGUUGUUCAAGACGUCUGCGAACAAGUACCCCGCCCUGUGGAAAUACCAAAGGAAGGGCCUGAACUCCAGACACGUCAGGUUACUCCGAGGAUCCAUGGAAGAUUCAUCCUAGCAACGAGCGCCGUCAGACGGGUACCAUUCAUAUAGGUUCUGAAAGACCCUUCUCCCCACGACCGUGUAUCCUUUGUACAUAGUACAUACUGCCUAGAGCUGAUUACGGAGGUCACUUCUUCGCGACUCCCAAUCGAGUCAAGUCACAUUCCACGCACCCUAAUUGUGCCCGCUCAGGCGAUGCUGGCUAUGUAAGAAGACCGUCCCCGGCGCACAGUACUAGAUCCCUGUAGAUAGGUUUGGCCCAACGCGUGCAUGUUCG